AUGAAUCAAGGCAGACGAACGAAGAGAGCAAGAAGCGAAGGGCUCGUCGGCGCUGCUUACGAUUCCUCGGUUGUCACAGACCACGAAGAAGACCGGAGGCAUAGAGGAAUCUCGCAGGCGGCUAAUCCGUUUCUUUCUGAUCGAUGGCGAAGAGGGUAUCUCUGGGGACUGACGAGGCCGAAGGGGAAGAUGGGAAGGAGCAGCGAGGCUGCGCCUCGCUCGAUAGGAACAGAAGAGAGAGCGAGGGGUGAGACCAGGCUCGACAGAAGAAGAAGAGGUGGGUGCGACGGGGCUUUGUGGUCGAUGGGAAUAGCAGAGAAGGAAGAAUACGACUGGAAAAGGGGUUCGUUUUCUUGGCUGGUUCGAUCGUCAUCCAACACACGAAGGAGGAAGAUUGAUUCACGAACGGAGCAGGGGAAGGACGAAGGUGGUGACAGGGGGUUUAGUUGCGGUCAUCGAUCAUCAACAGAAAGUCGAUGGGUGUUUGUAGAGGGCAAGAACAAGAUUGUUCUUGUAUUUCUUGACUGGAAUCCAUGUAGAAUGAAAGGAAACAUGGGGUUUAUUAAGAGGAAACGUAGAAGAGAGGGGUGA